AUGGCCACAGAACAACGAAUUGACAACUUUCAGGGUACUCUUUCUGAGUACGUUGUAUAUCUCGAGACCAAAGUCAAGCAAUUGACAACAGUCUAUUCUCCUCCAUCUUCUCCUCAAUCAGACGUGUGCGACGAAGGAAUCGACAAUUCAGACGCUGGACCUUCGACCCGGCGCAUUGAAUUCAUACCAUAUGAACCCGAUACUCUUCCCCAAUCAGCAAAGAGGCGGAGAAAAUCGAAGCCGAGAUGGCAAAAGGAGAUGGACAACAUGCUACGCGAUAUUCCAAGCGCCGAAGACUGGUCAUCGAAGAGGAGAGCUGUUGGGCUCUCCUCCUUGCCAGAAAUUCUUGUUGCAUUUGAUGCAAUCAUCAAGAAUGUUAUACCAUCUAUCGAACCCACGUCCACCGAAUCAGAUUGUGUACCUGCGCGGUUUGGACCUGCCGAUGCUGCCCUACAGAUAACGAAUAGCUACGCCAAUGGCGUAGCUGCAAUGGAAAUUGGGAGGAAUUUUACAACAAAUAUUGUCAAUUUCUGCACACUGGUCUUCGUAUCGUUAUGCCAUGUCUUAGUGUACCAUGGCAUAGAGAAACGUCGUAUAGAUAUUGUGAUGCAGGCUUGUGUAAGUCAAUCCGAUCCGAAGAACCUUGAUGUUCUCCGGAGGGGUUCGGGCUGGGUCAACCGGAUGAUUUCUACAUUGGUAGCUGGAGGGCUUCGUCACUUAGGGACCGAGAUUUUUGUAUUAUGUGAGUAGAAGGUAUCUCCAGAGCAUAUUAUCUGUCACAGGCUUAUCCGAACAACUUAGGCGGUCGAACGGUCGCACAAUAUGGCCGUUUCGCGGACGCUGGAGAGGAGGGUUCUUCAUAUUUCCUGAGGGAGAUCUCAAAACGCGCACACCAAAGUUCGGAAUUCGAGGUCCACGCAUCUCUACCUUUCUCAAUUCCAUUCUUUAUCAAAACCAUUCUUGGUGAGAUCUAUAGGUGAAAGCCACUACACUCCGAGAAAGUAUGAAGCUAUUCUAAUUUGCCUAGUCUGUCAGAAAUCUGCACUGCUCUCUGCUACGAUCCCAAGUUGCUAUCUGCCGAUUAUUUGCUAUGGCUGGAAAUUUAUCGUAGCAGAAAACUACCUCCACCGCAGAUUGCCGGUAUAAAACCCACAGCAUCUUCAGCCGAAGGUCCCCAUGGUAUUAGUGUCUUCAUGCCAGUAUAAAUGGUGUCAUUGCUAAUUAAUUGUGACAGGCCCCGUCCAUGAUUAUGGGACUGCUAGGGGAACGGAAGUUCCUCCUAGUAACAUUAACUCGAUAGAUCUGCUGUUGGCAGCCGCAGGGCAGAAAGACUACUUUAGGGGGGCCGAUCAGCUAGAAUUGGACAGUAGUUUACCUGUUGUGGAUGGAAUGGGACAUAUUAAUGAAAAGGCUACCACUGAACAAACCAGAGCUUUUAGAGUUGGUUCUGUCAACGGCGAUGUGUUAGGUAACGAAGUUUUAUCAUACAAUACAGAGUCGCGAGCGCAGGAGUUAUGUUGGCCCAUUCCUGAAGAAUUUGUCUAUGGCAGACCGAGUGUGGUGCCGGAGGGAUGGCAGAUUCCUGAGGAGUUUGCCUAUGGCAGACCAAAUAUGGUGCCAGCGGGAUGGCAGAUUCCUGAGGAGUCCUGA